UGGAACUAAUACAAGCGUUUAUAAACUUUAUCUUUUUAUCUGACGGAGAUCAUUAGUAGAAUUUCAAUAUAUCUCUUUGUGUUGCAUAAUAUAAAUAUACUGCAUAAAUAUUGAUAUACCUUUUCGUACUUUUGAUGCUAGAACAAAAUAAAUUCUUUGUCAAGUCUUUGCUAAAACCAUAAAAAAUAAGAGAGUGCAAAAUAUGUCGGAUAAAGUGAAAACAUUAAAGAGACGAGAUUCUAAUUUGAAGCAAUGGCAAGAUGGCCUAGAGGAGCUUCUAGCGUCUGGAAUGGAAGACUUUGAGGAGAAAUUGUUUAGUUUCCUGUGUGAUCACAAUGGCCUUGUCUCCAUGGACAGGUUUAAUAACCUUCUUGAAGAGACUGGUUUACGAGGGACAGAUUUCCGGUUAAAAGAGACCAUGACAAAGUUCCGGGCGGUUCUGGAGAGACAACUUCAUAACGAAAAUGAACUAAGAGGAUUGGUGGACAAAGAAACAUUCCUCGACUGCGUUUCCGACAAUAUUGUGGUAAUAUCUAAAGCCCUGACCAGCCAGUUUGUGAUACCGGAGUUCAAGCCUUUUACAGACAUUAUAGACAAAAUUUACGAGUCAUGUAAAGAAAAUGUCCGCGGUCAG